AAACAUGGCGGUCGAGAAGGACUUUCGCUCUUCGCUUUACGAAAGAAUAAGAUGGUCUAUCUACAUCUGUCUAUUUUUAGGCUAUUCCUCGUAUUAUUUUUGUAGAAAAUCAUACACUUUUGCUGUUCCAGCUCUCAUAAGUGAACUGAACAUAAAGAAGAACGAACUCGGAGUUAUAACGAGCGGUUUUGCCGCCAUGUAUGGUAUCGGAAAGUUUAGCGGAGGUCUGUUAUCUGAUUCUUUAAGCCCGAGAAUAAUGUUUACAACAGGAAUGUUAUUAACUGGGAUUAUAAACAUUGUGAUAGGAUUCACUGGAAAUGUAUGGCUACUAACUUUUCUUUGGAGUGUCAAUGGUUUAGCACAAGGUUGUGGAUGGCCUCCUUGUGCCAAGUUACUCAGAGAAUGGUUUGCCCCAUACCAGGUAAGCAUUCGUCUAUAUCUACAUGUAGUUGCUGAGGAAUACCAUCACCACAUACGACGCAAUUGUACAGUUGUUUACCCCUGCAGUUUAACAGUGUAGUUCCAAGGGUAAUUUGGCAUUGAGAGCUAUCUAAAUAAAUUAUUAAUCUGUGAGUAGUGAGUAAUACGCUUAACCAACCAUUCACAAUUUCUGCAAGACUGCGAGCAGUCUCAUAUUUUUCUUUGCAAAAGUAAUCCACGUGUAUAAACCCAUGCAUGCGAGCGGUGGGCUGUGAGUGGUGAAGCACCAGUCUUGCCCUUAUUCAGUCAAGCCUGGUUCCCAUAUGAUCAUCGGAAUUGUCCUGAUCACCACAGUCGUUUAAAAGCAUUUCGAGACGAUCUGGACGACUUGGACAAUAGAUAGUUUUGUCUUGAUCGCCUCAAGGACAAGAGACACGAGGUCAUCAGCACCGUCUCUGGGUUGGACAUUAGAAUUUUGCGCAUGUUUCGCAAACAAGCCAAACCAAGAGCUUAUGGGAAAGUACCCUUGGAGAUUAGUAGUAAAUUAAGGGAGAAUUUUUCUUUCAUUUCAGUUUGCAACACUAUGGAGCCUUCUUACAGCAGGUUGCAACUUAGCAACAAGCAUGUCUCCAAUAUUGACAACAUUUCUCACAACAAACUAUGGCUGGUCAGCUGGUUUUACUGUUCCUGGAAUCAGCUCUGCAAUACUGUCUCUUUUAGUGUAUUUUGUGAUUUUUGACUCUCCAUCAGAAGCACGACUGGAUGAAUUUAAUCAGUCUAGCUCAGAGAUGUCAAGAACCAAAAAUAAUUCAGAGAAGAAUAAAAGAAAACUCCUCAUAGCACUGAUGCAGAGUCCAUUUUUAUGGGUACUAAGUUUUGGAUAUCUCAUGACUCUCUUUGUGAAGACAGGCAUUGGUGAAUGGACGCAGCUUUUCUUGAUUCAGACAAUAGGAAAAUCACGAUAUGAAAGUAUGUUACAGUAAAAAUAACAAAACCAUGAACACCAGAAAUAUUCCUGGAAUGUUAUUGUGUUGCAAGGAAAUAGCCAAUCAGGCAUGGGAAAACUAAACCACAAGCAAUUGUUGGUAAUUUAUUUUUGAUUUUGUGGCUAGCUUGUGUUUCCUGGUGUUUGCUGUGAUUGGUCAUAACACAUUAAACAUUCCUGAAAUAUUUCAGGUAUCCACGGUUUUGUGAGUUUGUUAGUAAACUAGGAUAAGUUAGCUUCUUCAUUAUACAGUACUUUUGUCUAUGAUAGGUUAUCUUAUCGUUUGUCUCUUAAUAGUUUAUACUUUGGUACGUCCUCGGAGACCCAGGGGUAGUCAGUCCGGUCAGGAUUAAUGACGGUGAAAGUUUUCAAGAAUGAGUGAGGGAGCCCCUGGGAUUCUACUCUUAACAAACUAGUUCCACGACUUGUUCAAAUGCUUGUCUCUGAUUGGUGUUGUGCCCAAUUGGAGGCCAGCAUCUAUCAUGCUGCUUUCAUAAUCCUCUGAUACCAAGUCGUUUACCUGCAAACUAAAUGAACGAACUUGGUGGAGUAAUCUUGCAGAGUUGUGUGAACAAGCUUAGAAGAACUCUGGUGUUUAUGAAUCAACCUUUAAUCAGUCCAAAGUCUGAUUCCAUUGAAUGUAUGUAAACUGCACUGAACUAAACCUUCAGAUAGAUGCACCUUGGGUUAAUUUGAUUUUCAUAUAACUCCAACAUUUAUUAUGCAUGCAAAACUUUCUUACUUUUUCUCACCAAUACAUGUAGUUAGAACACCUGUAUGAACUAAGUGGAAACAUGUAUGCAUAAUAAAUGUACGUGUUAUACAGAAAUCUGACCUUUCAUUUUGUUUUGUUUUGCUAGCAUGCUAAACUAUGGCAUAUCCUCAGUUUUGUGGCCCCAUUUUAACUGAAAAAUCUUCUUGAAGAAAGCUCUCCUUCACAACCAGACAGGUACAGCGAUCUAUAGCGAACAGUCAAGUCUUUCACAGGGGAAACAAAUUGGCCAAUAGCUGUAAUGAUUGCAAAAGUCUUUGGGAAUUCUACAGGGCCCAGUUUCCUCAUUCUCUAAAAUGGCACAUAAAAGUAAAUCAAAACAUACAAUUUAUCUACUUGUGACUGGGAAAGAAUUAUGAACAGAUCAUGUGUAAAAUUUACUGGUGGGGUUCAAGAUGUUUUAAGUGGAUGAUGCCAAGUACAUACAUGUAGGUCUCACUCUUUUUGUGCUGUGUUAAACUGCAAGAAAAUAAUGUAUUUAAUUUCUAGUAAAAACAUUUUGUUAUGAUUUCUUACGAUACCUUCGCUCAUAAUAAUUCUGCAGGUAGUAUUGCUAUGAGCUUUUUGGAGAUUGGUGGACUAUGUGGUAGUUUAACAUCUGGAUAUGUCACAGACAAGUUAGUUCAAAAGGUAUUGGCGACAAGAUAAGUUAGGAAAUAAUUUCAUGUGCAUUUUGUCAACAUUCCAAUAAUUCUCUAACCUUAAUGGGAGAAAAAUUGUAACAAUGUUGAAAAAAUGCCAGUGAAAUAAUUUAAUUCCUUAUUUUCAUGAUUACUGCUGUUAUUAAUAUGCUUACAUAACAGCAAACUUUGCAGGAGUGUAAGUUUUCACCUUUAUGAAGGCAGUUAGUAAAGGUAAUAUGGCUCGCAGAACUCACAUGGACAGAUAUGACAUUAUAAACUGUUGACAAAUAAUGUGAAUUCUGGUUAUCCCAACAACAUAAUUGCAUACAUGUGCUGAGAUUCUGUUACUGUUUAAAAAAACAUUCUACACCUGUCUCUAAGCUUCUCAACAGCCCUGGUUUAGUUAUUACACUCUUGGUGCAUUUCAAAUUCAUUGUUUACCUGCAAAAUGAGUUAUAUGUUUACAAAACCCAUGGUAUUUCCCAGCUAGAAAAGUUUUCUUUCCGUUUAUUAUGAGCAAGAGAUGGAGGAUAUUAUAUAAUUUUAUGGAUGGAGCUGUGAAAUUUCUCUGAGGACUGAGAGCAUUUAAUAUUUUUAUGAGUGAGCACAGCAAAUAAGUGAAAUAUUUUUUAACAUGAGAGAGAAAUAAUCUCCAAGCAGCCAUGUAAUGUUCUAUUUAUAAUUAAAUAAAUUACCAAUGAAAUAUAUAAUACCAAACCAAUUAACUUUUUGCUGCAAAAGGCCAAUGUAUCAUGUAGCUAUAGUAACGGUCAUCUUUUCUCGUGUGAAGCCAAUUCACUUUUUGCUACAAAAGGCCAUUGUAUCAUGUAGCUAUAGUAAUGGUAAUCUUUUCACAUGUCAAGACAGGUUAUUUUCACAUGUGAAGUUACCUUUUUUAUGUGAAAGCUCACCUGGUAUUUCAUUGGUGGUUAUAUAACAAUUUUUUUUUAUUUUUAACUAAAACAGAAAUUAGACUUUGCUAGCAUGGAAAUGGUAAUGAAAAUGGUCUAGAAACACAUAAUGAAAGCAAAGGGGGAUAGCAUGGGUUUAGUGAAUUUUCCACACUCCUUCAGUACAGCUGACACUUAAUGACAGAAAGUUUAUCAGGUAAAUAUUAAACUUACUGUCUUCUCCUGUCUUCUUUGCAGUAUGGAACAUCAACGUCAAGUAGUCCCAGAAUACCACCAAUGAUUUUGUUUGCACUUGUUCAGCUAGUAUGUAUCUAUCUUUUACAUACAGGUGUGACAUCCACUUCAUCACUGGUAUGUAUCUAAAGAGAAAACUGUAGUGCUUUAACAUGUGUUCCAAUUGUGUAGGCAUUCUAUCUGGUGCACAAUAUUAUCAGAUUAUUAGUAGCAUAAUGUGCAAACUUUGAGCACUGAAACACAUUUCAAUAUAAAUAUGAAUGAAUAUUGGAGGAAGGAGAAAUUAUGCAUCCUUAUCUCACCAGACAGAAGAAGUGUGACAACUGCCCCGUGGGCCAGGGCACUCCCUUAUUUUAGCUUAACAGAUAUGUGCCACUGAACAGGGUAUGGUUUUCAGGGUUUUGCAUCUUAGACAUCUUAUAAAUAGUAUAUACAAUUUCAUUAUUUAGCAUCUUGAACAGGGUGUCUUUUUGGACUGGAAGCAUGAAAAGACAUGAAAAGAGUAUGACAGUUGAUGAGUAGAGUGCCAACAAUUUUUUCCAGAAAACAUGGUUCCAUGAUGUUAGUUUAAAAAAUCACUUACCGUGUGUGCGAGACAAAAUGAAUCACGGUCAUGUCACAAGGUCUCUUGUCUUAUGUUUGAUUUUUGUUUUAAACAGGGUAAGGAUUUAAAGGCCAGCUUUCUACCCCAAACUUCUCAUUAUUGUCCCCCACCUGCCGAUACCUUGCUUGCUUCACGGCAUUCUGUAAAAGUGAAACUGGCUGUGCUAAUACCUACCACUGGCAUCUUGCUUGAAUUAUGUACUUCACUAAUCUGUUUUGAAUCUUUGUUCUUUUGCAGUGGUUGAUUUCAGCAUUAGUAUUUGGAAUAGGCUUCUCCCUGUAUACAGCCAUCAACUUGUAUGGUGUUCUAGCCAUAGAGAAUGGUCCUCCAGGAUUAACUGGAACCACACAUGCCAUUGUUGCUUUAGCAGCAAAUGGUAAGAAAACAACGUUGAUAUUUUAUGAUUGUUAUAAGAUGAAAACAGUAGUUAAUUCCAGUUUAUUUAUUUAAUAAUUAUUAAUUCUAUGACGAUUAGGUAAUAACUGAUUUUAUAAUAACUGAGUGAUUUUUUGUACACUGACUAGAUGAGAGCCAUGGUCAGUAUUAGACUACAGACCGUGGAAAUAAUUUGAUGGUGGCGCAAUUUGUUUUCUCUUUCUUGCAUGCAGGAUUUUUCAAGAAAGUUCAAUAGAAAUGGAUGUCAAUGUUAUUGUGAAAAACAAAUUGAGAGCCUUUUCUCACUUGGAAUUUCUAAUGAGCCUCCAUGUGCAAGCUAUGUAUAUUUUCUGGAACCAACCUUUUUUUUUGUUUUCACAGAAAGAAAUAGCCUUUGUGUACGUUUAUAUCAGACAAGCAAACUUUACCACAAACCUGGCUUAACUACUCUUGCAUUUGCUCUCAUUUGCUCUCAGUCUUGAGAGUUAUAAAUCGUGGUAAAUCAAAUUUUCAAUUUCACAAAAAAGGCAAGAAAGGUGUUGAAAUUUGCUCACUGACAAACAGCAUAAGGGCUAUUGAAAAAAAUAAUAAAAAAAUUUAGGGCCAUUCAAGAAAAUAAUACACAAUUAUUGGAUGAGGUUUUUGUAAUAUCUGGAAAAAUCAAGGUUGAGGUAAGCGUUAUUGAGACCUUGAUUAUUUAGGAUAUUACAAAAACUGAAUCUAGUAAUUGCUUUAUUAUACAAUGUUUUGGCGAAAAUAAUGACAAACAUACUGUCACAAGGAACCUGAAUUGAUAAUAUGUUUUAACAAUCAUGCAUCGCGUACGUAACCUACAGAGUAGUCAGUUAUCUGCUAGCAGAUAACUAUUUUUCUGUAGGUUGCACUGAUUUCUAAAAUUAGCUUUAGGCUCAAGUAUUAGUCAAUGAGAAAACAGAGAGUGAGUACAAUAUAUAAUAAUAGUGUACAAUCUGUUCAUCAAGACUUCCUUUUCUUUACAAUUUUUUAGUUGGUGCAACACUUGCUGGAAUUCCCCUCACAACAAUCAGCAAGUCGUAUGACUGGGGAGGUGUUUUUGUUGCUCUUGAACUGGCUUCUCUUUUCUGUUUCUGUUUACUGGUUGGAGCAAGGAACGUUAACACAUGCAUGAUUCAGCCAUCAAAGCUGGAAUGA